AUGACGGACGAGAUUACCAGAGCAGAGCCUGCCCCGGACCCCGGCGCCAAGCAGGAUAUCGAAGCCCUCGAGAACAUCAAGGACCAUGUGACGGUUGCCGCCAGGGCCAUGGACCCGGCUCACCGUGCUCGCGUCGAGAAGAAGCUCUUGCGCAAGCUUGAUGCGCGAUGCUCUAUCUUCGUGCUCAUCUACAUUUUGAAUUACUUGGACCGGAAUAACAUCGCCGCUGCCCGCCUGAAAGGCCUCCAAGAUGAUCUCCACCUGGACUACAAUCAGUAUGCCACGUGCUUGAGUAUCCUCUACGUGGGCUAUAUCCUGAUGCAAGUCCCAUCCAACAUGUUCAUAAACCGAAUUGAACGGCCGUCUCUCUACAUCGCAACGGCGAUGCUCAUCUGGGGCCUGAUCUCCACUCUCAGCGGCGUCACGUACAACUUUGGCCAGAUGGUUGCUGUGCGCUUCUUCCUGGGAUUCAUCGAGGCCGCGUUCCUGCCCGGCGCGCUGCUGAUUCAGUCAAAAUGGUACACCCGCCGCGAGUUGACUCUACGAAACGCCAUCCUCUUCUGCGGUAACAUUAUCUCGAAUGCAUUUUCGGCUCUCGUGGGCGCUGGUGUCUUGUCCAACAUGCAGGGCACCUUGGGACACGCUGCGUGGCGCUGGCUGUUCUUCAUCGAGGGAGGGGUAACCAUGUUGGUGGCGAUUUCGUCGGCUUUCAUCCUGCCCGAUCUCCCCCACAACUCGCGCGGCUUCACCGAGGAAGAGCUGGCCGUUGCUCAACUCCGCAUGAUCGAGGACGUUGGCGAAGCCGAUGUCGACGCCGAGGGGCAGAGUGUAUUCACCGGUCUGAUCAUGGCGGUCAAGGAUGUCAAAAUCUACCUCAUGAUGCUCACCUUCACGGCCUACGUCGUGGGCCUGUCCUUCAACGCCUUUUUCCCCUCCCUGACCGGCACGCUGGGCUUCGGCUACGUCCCGACGCUGCUUCUGAGCUCGCCCCCCUGGGUCUUCUCGUGCAUCGUCUCGUUGUUCAACGCGUGGCACGCCGACCGCACCGGCGAGAAGUUCUGGCAUAUCGUGGGCCCUAUCAUCGGCGGCAUCGUAGGCUUCAUCAUCUGCAUGUCGACGCUCAACACGGCGGCGCGCUACGUGGCGCUGUUCCUGCAGGCGAGCUCCUACGCCGGCUUUAUCGUAUUCUAUUCGUGGAUCAGCUCCUCGUUCCCCAGGCCACCCGCCAAGCGCGCCGUGGCCAUUGCCUUGAUCAACGCUUUCUCGCAGUUAGGGAACGUCGCCGGCAGCUACGUGUGGAACCUGAAAGAGAACGGGUACCGCAAGAGCUACGGUAUCGUGACGGCCAUGUUCGGUAUCACUAUCGUUGGCUGUUGGCUCUUUAGGAUGACGUUGCAGAACCUCAAUAAGAAGAUCGAGGAGAGCGAAAGGGUCGGCGAGACGCCCGAUGGCGCCGAGGCCACGGCUAAUAUUGAAACUCUGGUCGGUCCCGAGGAGGCUGUUAAUAUGAGGAAGGGCUUCAGGUACUUGGUAUAG